AUGGCUGACAGAUACUCGUUCUCGUUAACAACAUUCUCACCAAGUGGUAAAUUAGUGCAAAUAGAGUAUGCGCUUAAUGCCGUCAAACAAGGUGUUACCACAAUUGGUAUCAAAUGUGACAAUGGGGUAGUCUUGGCCACUGAACGUAAAUCGAAUUCGGUGCUCAACAAAUCGGAUGUCAAUAACAAAGUCGAAUAUAUAACUCCCAACAUUGGAAUGACAUAUAGUGGAAUGGGACCAGAUUUCCGGGUGUUGGUAGACAAGGCACGUAAGUUGGCACAAACAAACUACAAGCUAAUUUACAACGAGUAUCCACCUGUACGUAUUAUGGUUCAAGAGAUUGCCAAAGUUAUGCAAGAAAGUACACAAUCGGGAGGUAUAAGACCAUUUGGUGUUUCACUAUUGGUUGGUGGGUACGAUGAAUUCUCAGAGAAGUUUCAGUUGUACCAAGUUGAUCCCAGUGGUUCAUAUUUCCCAUGGAAGGCGACUGCGAUAGGGAAGACUGCAAAUAGUGCAAAGACUUUUCUUGAAAAGAGAUGGAAUGAGAAUUUACAGUUGGAAGACGCUAUUCAUGUAUCGCUUUUAGCGUUGAAGGAAAGUGUUGAUGGAGAGUUGAUUGGUGAUAAUUUGGAUAUUGCUGUUAUUAGUGAUCCACAAGAACAGUUGUUGGGCUUCAAAGGUACCAAUGUCGAAGGUCCAAGGUUUAAAAAGUUGAGUGCUGAUGAGAUUAAUGAUAUUUUAGACUCGUUGUAG